UUUGCUUCCAUUCCAUUUUACUGUUCCGUACAUACAAAUAGACUAGAAGAGCAUGAUGAUAUUGAAUUAUAUAUAUGCAUGGAAUUUCAGAGGUGUAUUCACUUUGUGUUAGAGAAGAGAUCUAGUUAUGAUGAUAUGGAAAUUGAAAUGGAAUCCGCAGAUGACAAAUCUCUUCCUUGGAAUCAAGAGGUGGCUUCACUUGAUAGUUUCCUGCUUUAAGUGUUUUUUUGGAGAGAGAGGUGCGUGGAGGGAGUAUAGUUUCCAUGAACUAUCGAGGGCAGCUAAGUUAUUCUCCAACGGAAAUCUGAUUGGCUCCGGUGGUUUUGGAGAUGUCUACAAAGGAUCACUGCAUGGUAAAGACGUGGCUAUCAAGAAAUUUAAACAUAAAAUUAAUGAAAAGCCACAAGGUAAAUCAGAGGAGAUCGAGUACCUUAAAAAAGUAAAUCACCAAAAUCUGGUUAAGCUCAUUGGCUACUGCGAUGAUGGCAUAGAUAAAUUGCUCGUAUUAGAGUAUGUUCCAAACAAAUGUUUGAGACAUCAUCUAGAUGGUGGUAAUUUGAAUUGGUCACAAAGAAUGAAUAUUGCCAUCAAAUCCGCACGUGGAUUACAUUAUCUACACAAAGACUGUAAUAUUAUACACCGAGAUAUUAAACCAAACAAUAUUCUUCUCGAUGACUUGUUUGAACCGAAGAUUGCAGAUUUUUCCCUCUCUAUGUUUUUGCCAAAAACUGAUAAGAGCCAUAUCACCAGCACGUGGCAGGGAACUAACAUUUAUGCAGAUUCAGAAUACGGAGAUAAACAGAAUGUUUGUGAAAAAUUAGAUAUUUAUUCUUUUGGUAUUGUGCUUUUAGAAUUAAUUACAGGGAAAAAGCCAACAUUUGAUGAAGGUGACAUUGUUAAUUGGGCACAUUCUCGGAUUACUGCUAAAGAUAGGACGGAUUUUGUUGAUUUAAAGUUGCAAGGAGAAUACAAUGAAAUGCAAAUGGAGAAUAUCAUUAAUUGCGCUCAAGUUUGCGUAUAUGAGCCUUCACAAUCACGACCAAACAUGGAAACGAUAAUUCAAAUUCUUGAAGGAAAAGAAGCUCUACUUAAAACAUCUCUUCGCGAAUGCGAUCCUAUUAAUCUAGAAUGUCUACUUGGCAUCGAGAGCAAACAAAUUAAUUCGCCAAAAAUCUAUAGUUAUGAUGAAGUAGCAAAGGCUACAGGUAGUUUCUCUAACAAUAACUUGAUUAGCAAGAACACAAUUUAUCUGGGAUCCUUUGAUGAUAAAAAGAAUAAUGCUGCAAUUAAAAAGCUUGAAUAUUUGGGUGAAAAUGUGAACGAACAAAAGAUUCAGGAAGAGAUUGAGGCCAUUAGUCACAUCUGUUACCCACAUAUUGUGAAGUUGAUUGGAUACUGCGUUGACGGAUCCGAUAGACUCCUCGUUUAUGAGUAUUUUUCCAACAAAUCCUUGCUGUCUCAAUUCCACGAAAAUGGAGGAGCAAUUAUGGACUGGCCAAGUAGAAUGAAAAUCGCCGUAGGUGUCGCAAAAGGAUUAGCAUAUUUACAUGAAUUUUGUCAACCUCAAAUUGUCCAUGGAAAUAUUAAGAUGGAUAACAUUUUUGUUGGUGAAAGCUUUCAACCAAAGAUUUCAAAUUACAGAUUAGCCAAAGACGUUUUGUGGGCUUUCAAAUUUAAGAGUUCAAAUGUUGGUAAUUUGAAAGGAAAAUCGGUUUAUUUAGCUCCAGAGUAUCGCGAAGAUGAGAAGCUUACUGAUAAAAGCGACAUCUUUUCCUUGGGUAUUGUAUUUUUGGAAUUAAUUACUGGGAAACCAGCCAUUGGGAACGAAGAUGGUGUUAAGUUGUCUAUUUGGGCAGCACCUCUACUCAAAAAAGCUUUGCCGAUAAAGGAUUACAGUGGCCUCGUUGAUGCCAGACUGAAAGACAACUACAAUCGAGAGGAAAUGAUUAGAAUGAUUUAUUGUGCUGCAUCUUGCGUAUAUAAACGUGCAAAUUAUCGUCCGCGAGCAAGUAAAACAUCACCGUGAGGACCUGAGCCAAUUCUAUUGUGGUCGGAGAAAUCUUGAGUUGCGUCUGCCAGUUUCUGCAUAGUAUAAAUCUUCACAUUUGGUGGAUUUGGAUUUGGAGCUGGUAAACUAGAUCCUCCACCAUCUGACCAAAUCAAAAGGAGAAGGAAUUACAAUUUAAAUUGAAGAUAUAUCAUACACAGUAAAAAAAUUUACCUCUGGUGUGGACGCUCUUUCCCAGACAAGAACCCAUCAGGAGUUGCAGAAAGCUAUCCAGAUGAAAAAUUAGGUUGGGAAUGUUAAGGUUCAGGAAAUUAUAAUUAUAUAUACACAUUCACAUGCCAUGAGCUAAUUAAGUAUAAUCCUUAUGAUAUAAAUUCAAUGCUUUAAUUGCAAUUAUGGUAUAUGCAU